ACAGUACCAUGUCAUUGCAUACAUCCAGCGCCCCUUUCUAUGAUUCUUGCAUUUCCCGCCAAAACGCAUCCCACUGUGUCUGCCAGCAGCACACCUCGAUGUCUUCGCCAUGACGAAUUGAUGAUUGGUACACUACACACCGACCAUUCAAAUAGGCACGAUAUUAUCUGAAUGUUACUUACUGAGUAGGCAUUCAAGCCCGAGUCGACUUAUGCGUAAUUGAGAAGGCACUCAAGCCGGGGUCCACUUAUAAGUAGUACAAGAAUUUAGGGGCAUCCGCGGGCCUCAUGGGCCGCGAAGUCGCGGGAGCUGCUCCGAACGGCGGCUCUGCCGGCGCACAUCCCAGAAGGUCACAUCCGAAGAAGGAAGAGCCGCAAAGCGGCGACGACGAGACGACCGACGCGAGCUCCGACGAGGAGGAGGAGGAGGAGGAGGAGUGGGGGGGCGAGGGCGACGAGGGUCGGGCGAUGGAGUUCUCGCGGAUUCUCGAGGGCGUGGUGUUUGCCAUCAGCGGAGUGGUGAACCCAGAGCGCGCCGAGCUGCGCGGCAAGGCGAUGGAGAUGGGCGCGCGGUACCGCCCGGACUGGACGGCGGACUGCACGCUGCUCGUCGCCGCGUUCCCCGGCACGCCGAAAGUGCGCACCGUGACGGCCGACGACGGCACGAUUGUGAAUAAGCGGUGGGUGGAGCAGUGCUACCGUAACCGCCGCCUCAUGAGCAUAUCGCCGCAUCUCAUGCACCUCGGGCGGCCGUGGCGCCAAGGCGGGGCGGCAGACAGGGCUGUGGAGGACGGGGGCGGGCGGCGCAGACGAAUCGUGCCGGCCAGAGAGCAAGGGCGGGAAGAGGUGGUGGCGCGGUGGGUGGGGGGGGACAUGGAGAGGGUGCGGGCGUUUCUGGAGGAGCAGGACGAGCAGCCGCCAGAGGGGGAGAUGGAGAGAGUGGCGCGGGAGGGCAUGCUGGCGUGCUUCGAUGACGCCGUUGCUGGCGUGGAGAAAGGGCAGGCGCUGUCCGCGUCCAUUGCCUCAUGGCCCAUCGUCCCCCGCGUGCUGGACCCCCAAACACCUCUCCUCGCUCCUCCCCACCUCGUCCCCCCCUCCCUUCCGCCACUACCUGUCUCCUUGGGGAGUGGGGGGGCGGGGGGUGGGGAGUGCCUGAGGGCGCUGCAGCAGUGGAGGGGGAUGUAUGAGAGGGAGCUUGGGAGGAUGGGGGAGAGAGGGGGGGGAGCAGGGGGAGAGGGAAGCAGAGGGGGAGCAGGGGAAGGGAGCUCAGGAAACGGUGGGGAAGAGAGAGGGGGGGAGGGCGGAGGAGAGGGAAGGGGGACGGGGAGUGGUGGGGGAGGAGAGGGGGGUGCGGGGAGAGGAGAAGAGACACGAGGGGAGGACGGUAGGGCAGGGGGGAGUGUGAGAGAUGGGGAAGGGCAUGGUGGUACUGAUGGCAGGGGUGGUGCUGAUGGUGCUGCUGGUGGUGGUGCUGGUGGUGCUGCUGGUGGUGCUGCUGCUGGCACUGCACUAGGACAUGGGAACAGGAAUUUCGAUAAAGGUGCUGGUUGUAGUAACCCCAUUGAUAAUUACGACACUGAUAGCUGCUCUGAGGGGUAAAUGGCGGGUUGUUCUUACAACCUAUGCGCAAGUCUCAGUAGAACCUUGGAAGAUUUUGCUAUUGCUGUGCUGCUAGUAAAAAGGCCAUGCCUUCAGUUUUGCUUGUGGCAUUUCUCAGGGUAGCGGAAUAAACUAGCUACAAGGGUACAGUGUGGUUUUGACCUAAUGAGCUGUACUCUCUAAGGCAUGUCCCUAUCUAGGCUAUAGUAACAUAU